AUGGUGUUUUGGAUGUAUCACCUCGAUCAGAGAACCAAUUUCAUGUAUCAAAGGGAUUUGAUGUAUCAAAAACUCAUUGAUACAAAUAGCUCCCUCCUCGCUGUUGAUUUAAUUUCAAAGGUUCUUCAAAACCCUAGAAUUUGGAGGGGUAGUUGGGCUUUGUUUGUAGAAGCAGGAGAGAAAAAGUCGAAAUCGAGGAGCAACAGCAAGAUAGAUCAACACAGUUUUGUGGGUUACCACUGGUUAUUGACAAAAGUAUCUCGUUGGCGAUGGUUUGUGGAGACCUCCACUCUCACCACACCAGAUCUUGUGGUUACCAGGUUUUGUGGAGACCUCCAUCAUCACCACACCAGGAAACACUCCGACAGUACCCCACGUAUAUCGAAUCCCAACCUUCUCUGCAUCAAAUCUGAAUCGAUACUUGCUCUACACAUCAGCUAUCAAUCGGACCGUCUUCGCUCCCUUCUCCCUCGUACCGUUCCCUCAGUGUGGAAGAAUUACCGGCGAAUGGUUUUGAUUUGGGUUUCAUUAUCCAGAUGUGCUGGGUUUUACGAUUGGGUAACUGUUCUGGACGGAACUCAGGAAAGUGCUUAUGAAUGGACACCACAUUCAUUGUCAUAUCGUAUUCUUGCUUUCCAUAAUAAAACCUGUAUCAUACCUACAGGUGACCAUAAAUUAUCUGUUAAAAAGAUUAGUGAUGGGUCACAGAUAAUCUCAGCCAGUCCAGACAAGAUACUGAGGGCAUGGGAUGUAGAGACAGGGAAGCAGAUAAAGAAGAUGGCAGAACACUCGUCUUUUGUAAACUCAUGUUGUCCUUCUCGGAGGGGUCCUCCUCUUAUUGUGAGUGGAUCAGAUGAUGGGACUGCUAAGCUGUGGGAUAUGCGUCAAAGGGGUGCUAUCCAAACGUUUCCAGAUAAAUAUCUGGUCAUAACUGUUGGCUUUUCUGAUGCUUCAGACAAGAUAUACAGUGGUGGAAUUGACAAUGAUGUCAAAGUGUGGGAUCUUAAGAGAAAUGAGGUUACCAUGACUCUUCAAGGUCAUCAGAAUAUGAUAACUGGUAUGCAAUUGAACCCUGAUGGGUCUUACCUCCUUACCAUUGGGAUGGACUGUACACUUCGUAUAUGGGAUAUGCGUCCAUAUGCAGCCCAGAAUCGUUGUGUGAAGAUAAUGGAGGGACACCAGCAUAAUGUUGAGCAGAACCUGCUCAAGUGCGGGUGGUCACCUGAUGGGAGCAAAGUUACUGCUGGUAGUUCUGAUAGGAUGGUAUAUAUUUGGGAUACUACUUCAAGACGCAUAUUGUAUAAGCUUCCUGGGCACUCUGGAUCAGUUAAUGAAUGUGUUUUCCAUCCCUCUCAACCUAUUAUAGGAUCUUGCAGCAGCGAUAARCAGAUAUAUCUUGGGGAGAUCUGAAGUUUGUUUGUUAUUCAAGAACAUAUUGUAUUAUUAUACUUGUCGGUAGAAAUUAAUCUAGAGCUUUGGAUGUUUGUGAAUGCUGCUUUGUUUUUGGUUUUUGAAGAUUGGAUCAACUAUUGACAGUG